GCAUGGAGAUUUGGAAGAGAAUAGUGGUGUUUGAGAUGAUGCUGAGCCUUGGAUUAAUGGGCUGUUUGGUCAAUGGAUUUGGCGGAGGUGGCGGUGGCGGUGUUCCACAGAGAAGGUGUUGGUUCCCGGCGGUUUACAACUUCGGCGACUCAAAUUCCGAUACCGGAGGACGCUCAGCCGCGCUGGGAGAGGUGCGUCCUCCCAACGGUGAAACAUUCUUCGGUAAACCUUCCGGCAGAUACUGUGACGGCCGUCUCGUCAUAGACUUCAUCGCGGAGAAUUUAGGUUUGCCAUACUUAAAUGCGUAUCUGGACUCCAUCGGCACAAGUUUCCGGCACGGCGCAAAUUUUGCGACCGCCGGUUCGUCCAUACUUCCCGGCGGCUAUAGCCCAUUUUUCCUGGAUAUUCAAAUUUCUCAGUUCAUCCAAUUCAAGAAACGCACAAUUGCUCUCUAUAAUAAGCUUGCUGACACAAAUCAAGUGUACAAAGACGUUCUUCCGAGACCAGAAGAGUUCUCCAAGUCACUUUACACAUUCGACAUUGGACAGAACGACAUUUCCCAUGGUUUCCAGUACUCCAACGUAUCACAAACCCUCCAAUCCAUCCCGAAAAUGAUGGACAAAUUUUCCCAAGCACUUUAUCAACUAUACGGAGAGGGUGCAAGGAACUUCUGGAUACACAACACAGGUCCAAUAGGGUGCCUGCCAACCAGCGUGGCAUACAACAAAGACAACCACAACAACGUAGACAACACCGGCUGCGCCGCGACACAGAACCGGGUGGCGCAGGAGUUCAACAGGCAACUAAAAACCCGCGUUCUUCAGCUGCGUGCUCAGCUCCCACAGGCCGUCUUCACCGUCGUCGACAUGUACUCCGCUAAGUACGCGGUGGUUAGCAACGCGGGAAGCCACGGUUUCCAAGACCCAUUCAGUUUCUGCUGCUGUGGCAAGAAACAGAUGGCGAACGAGACGGGUUAUGGCGACCCGUGUAGUGACCCGUCGAGGCGUAUUAGUUGGGAUGGCGUACACUACUCCGAGGCGGCGAACCUGAUUCUUGCUAGAUCUGUUAUGUACGGUUCGUUUUCUGACCCGCCACUUCCGGUUGCCGAGGCUUGUCGUUAGAUCGGGUAUGCAUUUGCAAUGGCGGAUUUAAAACCGGGUCUAGCUAGCUAAUUAUUGGGAUUUGGCCUGGGAUGGCAUAUCUUCACCGAAUCACCGGUUUACCCCAUACCAUUUGAUUUGAUUAAGAAUGUUGUCCGCAACCGCAACGCCUUCACAUGUAAACUAGGGAAGUUUUGUUUGGAUGUUAUUGUUAAUUUGGUCUCUAAGUUAAUACUUAUAAAUUGGGCACGGACAGAAAGCUGGUCCUUGUUGGGUUUGACAAAUUUCCCACUUUUAUUUAAUGGUUGAAAAUUUUAAUUAUUUUUUU